AUGUCGCUUUUGUUGGCCGUGAGCCACGACAAGACAUUCCCGAUCAAGGACGCGAUUACUGUCGGGUCUCCUUGCAACUUCGACGCUUUCCUCUGGAAUGGAUGGGAUAUCGACCAGCAGGUGGAGAUGGAUGGUCCGCCUGCUCUCGGAUAUGCGGUCCGUAACAAAACCCUUGUGACAUGGUUUCUCGCGAACGGGGCGAAUCCAAACGCUGGUUCCAACUAUGAUAACGCCUUUUCCAGAGCUGCUCUUCUCGGAGAGCCAGAGGUCAUCGAAUUACUACUUUCCCACGGAGCCAAUGUCGACCACGGGCAGGUCCUCCAUUGGGCUGUCGAGAGACAACACGAUGCUUGUGAGGUUGUGAAAUUGUUGAUGGACCGAGGUGCACCACUCCAUCGUCUCGAAUACGAUGGUACUGCGCCGAUGUGGUCGGUUCUUGGUCUCCGAUCUCGAGGGCUGGGAAGCCCAUUGCACAACGCUAUUGCGCAAGGGAAAGUAGAUGUUGCUUCUACGCUUCUCGACGGCGGAGCUGAUCCAGACUUUGUGGAUACGAAGGGAAAGACCUGCAGAGAUCUGGCGCGAGAAAGCAGCAAGACGGCAGCAUUCACGCUCCUAGGGCUGUAG